AUGUCCGAGCGAGUCUCAACUGCCCUAGCCAAAAUAAUACAAAACAACCCAUGGAUGAGCCAAGUAGCAGGCAUUCUGCCCUUAUCCGCCCUAAUCGACUUCAUUGACAUCCCCGUCAAGAUCCAUACACUGCAAGUAACCGGCAGCUGCCCACUAUGGUCGUGGGCCAUCACACCCUCAGGCAGUCGACUGCUCCUCUCCGACAACAGCAACAAUCCCAACUAUAAAACCCCUAUCCUCGAUCAAUACGGCAACAGCAUUAGUUUGUUAGGAAUUGACGGCCGAUAUGGCGACCAAUACCUGCUCCCGAAUCCAGAAACAGUCCGAACAUGCAUCAGCUCGCAAUCCGCACAUGCCAUCCACAACAGACACGCAAACAUGGAAAAACCAAAGCAACAACUCCGAAUCCAAGAGCUCGAAAUAAUUCACGUCCAACGCCAUUCACCUAACUCCACUACACAACCAUGGCCAUGGCCAUACCUCUCCCGCUUCUCCCCCCGCUACGUCACCACCAGCCUCCUCGGCUACAUCAGCCUGCUAUGCCUCAUAGUCCUCGCCAUUUUCUCCAAAUGCUACCUCGCCGUAGCCUUCCUCCUCCUAAUGCCCCUAUCCGGCGCCAUUGUCACCCUCACCCACGGCAACGGCCCCCGCCGCCUCCUAAACAGCGACACCAUGACCUCGCCGUACAACCGACUGGUCACCGUGGCCCAAAACACCAACUCAAGCCACUGGACCAUCUUCUACGGCGAAAGCACCCUAGUCAACUCACUCCUAAACCGUCCCCUCGAACCCGACGAGAGCCACCCACUCCUCUCAUCCUUCUCCCCUCUCUCAUCCCAACUACUGAAAAUGCUCCUCCGGGUGCUGAUUCUCGCCCAAUGGGCCCUCGCCAUCGCUACAGCAGCUACCCAGGACUGGAACGCCUUCUACAUCUGCUUCUGGAUCGUAUUUUCCAUUUUCGCGCAUGCGUACUUGAUCCCCCUUCACACGGAGAUUCGUCGCUGGUUGAUGGCAUCCGCGAGGAUACAACUGUGUAGGUAUACCACGCAGUUGAGUUCGAGACGUGCGUUGCUGAAUACAGUUAUUGCGUUGAAUCCGGAUACGUUUCCUGCUGGGAAGACUGUGGCAGAGAAGGAGGGGGGAGGGAGUGAGUCGGAAGACUCUACUGUCACCAGUAGUACUACGAUUAUUGCGAAUGACACGAGCAGGCUAUGCCCUGGUGCGAUGAAGGCUAUUAACCCCAUCUUGGAGCCGAGUGAUGAGCGCUCGCUGUGGGAGGAGGCGACUCGUGAGGCGAUGAUGCUGUGUGAGGAUGUACCGGUGGAGAAGCGGAUAACGGGUCUGAGUAGUACUGAGUGCGGGGAUUUGCUUGGUGAGGAGUGGAAGAGGCAGUAUGGGAGGCUUUAUUGGAUGCCGUUUAUUAGUGAGGGGAUCUAUAUGGCGGCGAAGAUUCGGAGCGAGGCUGGGUUGUCGGGAAGGAUGGUGAGAGGGAGUGGUGUUUAG